AUGCAAGCACUCCCCACUCGCCUUCGGCCUUUCCUCUUGAUACUCUUGCUCACGUACGCGCAGGAAGACGUGAAUACAACCAACGAAACUUUUAUCUUACCCUAUGUUGAAUCACGGGUGGAGGCAAUUCCAACAACAGUGCAAGCCUGUGGUGAGCUCGUCUUUAGCGGGGCUAAGUCCUUUGAUUCCCGGGGCGAUCCGCUCCAAUUCUUCUGGGGCUUUGGGCCUGGCACACCAAGCUGGUUUCGGACUCCUCGGCUGUCGACACUACUGGAAGAAGCCACAGCCACGAGUGCUGACUCCGUCGUCGUGAGCCCCUGGGUCCUCUCAGAAGCUGGUGCACGCCUAGGAGAGGAGCUGAGGGAAGGGGAGGUGCGCUUGGAGGUGAGGCUGAUCGUUCGCAAUGCCUUGGGCAACAGCACGGAGGCGGUGGUUUCUGCUGGCGUAGUGGGGUCCACAGCACAGGCAGAGCCAGUGAUUUUCCCAGUCGGGAGCAACGAUGUUCAGCUGAAGCACAGCGAGCGCUUGAUUCUUUCGGUGGUGACUUCGGAGGCACCCUUCGCGCUCGCCUGCGCCUUGCGCGAUCCCGGAAAAAGCGCAGGCCGGACAAACGUGACUUGGGAGUACAGCGGUUUCGGCCAGGCGUUCCGGGCCUUGGAAGACGUGGCGACUUCGAACCCGCUGAUGCGAGACCUGUCGGAAGAUCCCAACACCGUAGAGUUGGUACCAUAUGCUUUACAGCCCGGUAGUUUCCACCUGUUGCGAGCGGUGGCUGCAUUUGAUACCCGUCCCACUCUAGCUCCGAGAGCGAACGUGGUAUUCAGAAUUGCUGUUGAGUCAUUGCCACCGCUUGAGGUGCACAUCAUCGGCCCAAGAGUAGCCUCGCAGUGCGGUUUUGAGUUGGAUGCCUCGCAGGUUUGGGACCCAACUCUGCCCAGCAGCAACCUUUCAGAUUUUCUCUUCGAGUGGAGAUGUUCAUCCAUCGUACAAGUGGGCGAGCUUGACAUCUGUGCGAACUUGCCUGGCUUGGGAGCUGCUGGCCCGAGGCUUAUGGUUGGGCCUGGCCUGCUGCCUGGAGUGCACCGCUUCUCGGUUUUCGUUCGUCGCAAGACUGGUGGACCAUCGGCGGUUGCCCGAAAUCCCGUCAGGGUAGAGAAUACGUCGUUCGCCACGCUAAGCCUGAAAUUCCCACGCUACGCUUACACGGGGAAGUUGAAUCUCACGGAUGGCAUCCCUCCGGUAAGCGCUGUCGUGGAUGCAAGUGGCCAAGCUGGUGCGGCAUGUUUGGUUCCGGAGGUUCAUUGGCAAUGGGUUCUUGUCGAAGAUCGCCUCCUGCCCAGACUCGAUCGUAUUCUCCCAACCAGGGCCGAAACAGUGGGCAACAUGCUGGAACUGCAGUCUGAUGUGGGCGAUGACGGGCUCUUGCUUCCAAGUGUUCCUUAUUAUCACGUCUUGCUUCAAUCUGAUAAUCAAAGCACCUUGGCCGCUGCAGUAGCAGGCGUCCUUGACCGGCCUCCGCUAGAGAAUGUCUUGCGCAACGGCGUGGUGGCUGCGAUCAUCUCCCCAAAGUUUCUCGCAGAAGAGCCACCCUCCGGUGGCUCCAUCACCGUCCAACCCUCGUUUCAGGGCCUCUCCCUCGGGACGACCUUCCUGGUGGAGACCAGCAUGUGGGCGGAUGAACGGCCAGCAGAGCUGGAGUAUCAGUUCGUAGCUUUCCCGCUCCAGGAGCUGCCGCAAGGCGCUGACCCCUUGCCGAACCUGCAGAUCGACUGGGAGGAUCCCCAGCACCCGCAGUACUGGAAGGAGUUGGGAGGGCAGCUCUUGAGGCCUUGGGGUCGCUUGCCGCAGGCUCUCGUGCACAUGCCGGCGGGACUUUAUCAGCUGGUUGUCCGAGCUCGGGAUGACGAAGGGGCAGUUGCGAUGACCAGCUCUCCUGAGCCUCUCAUCGUGGAGGCCGAGCAAAACUUCACCGUGCCCUACGUGGAAGCUUUCUUGGCAACCGUGCAGGUGACGAACAACGUGGGUCAGCUUCUUCAGGCUGCCAUAGCAGUGGCUGUCACGGCAGACCCGAUUGUGAGGCAGAAGGAAUGCAGCACCGACUUUUUCGGCACUGUCACCUGCAAGCAGAUUCCUGCAAAGGAGGUUGUCAGACCAGCCUUUGAGAUGCUGACAGCUGCCGCCCCUUACAUUUGGGGCGACAUGGUCGGCAAGCUGGGUGCUGCUGUGAUGAUGUUGCUGAAGACAGUGUCGGUUACAGUGGUGCAAGCGGUCGAUGUCACCAUUGUCUUCGGAGACAGUCUGGAUCCACGUAAUCUCACCGACAAUGGCACCGAGCCAGAUGACGUACCAGCCGGCACUGUGCUCUGGAACGUGUCCAGACAUCAGAUACCUCUGGAGUUCACUACGACGGCAGCGCAGCUCCUGGUUACCACGCAAGGGAGGCUGCUCCUAGACCAGGCAGUAGAUCCGAAAAGUACUCUCGAUCGAUACGCGGGCGAGGAGGUGUGGGCCGGCAUCGCCAUGAUCUU